AUGUUAACAAAUUCAAGCCAAUUACUAAAAGACAGUGAACCAAUAUCAGUAUUAAAUCAUACAAACUCAAGACCAACUCAAGAUAGCGAUAUGUUAAGUGGAAGACUAAAUCGUGUGAUAUUGAGUGAAGAUGAAGAAGAUAAUAAUAUAAAAUAUGCUUCUGAUGAUGAUAAUGAUAAUGAUAAUGAUGACGAUGAACCCAUUACUGAACCCAUGUCUGUAGAAGCAUUACAAUUACUUCAAACAGAAAAAACAUGGAAAAAACGUUGGUUUGUGCUGAGAUCUACUAAAUUGGCAAUGUAUAAAGAUAAAAAGGAAUAUAAAUUAUUAAGAAUUAUUGAUUUACAUGAAAUACACAAAGUAGUCCAAGUGACUUCUAAACAUAAAUACAAAUACGUUUUCGCCUUUGUUACUGCUAAAAGAAUGUAUUAUUUACAGGCUAAUGAUCAAAAUGAAAUGGAAGAAUGGAUUAUUUUAUUAAAUCAAGCUAAACAAGAACUAAGGCUUUAUGAUGCAGAUGAUGAUAUUAGCUUAAUAGAUCGUGAUCAAGAAUUUGCUAGCGAUAUUAUCACAUCAUAUAACACAAAUCAUUUUACUACUCCUACUACUAUGGGUAACAAUGGACCCUAUGAUAAUCUUUCUACUUCCUUACAACAUGAUACAAAUCCUAUGAAACCGCUUCAUAUUCCGGGGGAAAAGAGUCAAACAAAUGAUCAAAUGACUUCAUCAAAAUCAUUAUCUGAAUAUGUUUUAGGUCAUUCAUAUCCUCUGUCACCUUCUUCAGAUCAGAAUGCUCAACUACAUGCUAUUGAAGGCGUUAUUAGUUCAGAAGAUGAUGAAGAAUACAGUGCAGAUAGAGCCAAGAUACAAUCAGAAGAAAAUAGAAGCAAAGUCCUUAUUGAAGGCUAUCUUUUAAAAUUAGGGCGUAAUAAGGGCUGGAGAAAACGGUGGUUUGUGCUACGAACUGAUACUUUAGCAUAUUAUGAAGAUGAUAAAGAAUAUGCACCACAUAGAAUCAUCCCUUUGCAUCACAUUAUUGAUUCAUUAGAGAUUGAUCCUGUCACUAUUCGACGAGCUAAAAAAAUCACUAAAGAUGAUGAUGCAUCUUUCAAAAAACCUAAUAAUCAAAGUCAUCUUCAUAACUUUCUUCAAACAAAUUCAAAUAAUUCUUCUACAGAUUCAUUUGAGAAUAUAAGUCAUUUAUCAGGCGUGAGUGGGGCUGGUGGAAUUGGAGGCGCAGGCGGUGCUUUAGGUGGUGCACCCUUAUCAUCUAAUCAUACUAUUUUACAAUUACAUUCAAGAGCCUCAGAGAGAUUAGGUCGUGCAAAUUAA